CAUCUUCGAGAAGAGGUUUUUAAGUUGAAUCUGCAUACUGUAGAAGAGGACUACGACACUGAUGAAGAAGAGGAAGUCGACCCUCCGCAAGGAUGGCAAAAAAUAUUGGAGCGAUCAUCUGAUCUGCCAAACCUUCAAAGCGUAUCUUUACGUUUCGACAAGAAAUGUGCCUCAGAUAGCUCAGGAGAUAAAUUCGUAUACAUCUCUGCUCCUCAGACCGAGACGUAUCGAGCAACUAUCUUGCGAUGGCUAUUUGCAGGUUUAACGGACUUGCGGCAGCCGAUACGAGAGCUUGCGAUUCAAAAUCAUCAGAAUAUGACUCCUAUAUCGCGUAAUGUGUCAAAUUGGAUGGACGAAGUUUUUCAGACGCUGGAAACUUUGAGACUCAAUGUGGUGCAUGAGUGUGACUUUGCGGCUCCUGAAAAUGAUAUUGAGGAAGAGACUGUACAUGAAUUCUUCAGACGUGCUCUGCCGACAUACUGGCUGAAGCCCUCCAUGUCCUCAUUACGAAAACUUUCGCUCUAUUCAUCGCUUCCGUGGGGCUUCUACCCCAAAGUCAAUAUGGAAGGGAUCCACUUUCCGAAUCUCGAGUCCUUGACGCUGGGAUUUUUCUCCUUUGCCGAUGACAAGCAUAUAGAUUGGAUACUGGAGCAUUCAUCCACACUCAAGGAACUAUACAUGGACCGCUGUUUCAUAGUGUUCUAUGUUCAGAUUCAAGAUGAUGACGACAUACUUGAACGGACACCUCUGAUCACUUCUGAUAUGACCUGUGAUCCAGAAGAAUCCGACAAACUGAUCUAUCACUAUCCACGUCGGUGGCAUGAAUACUUUACAUCCAUCCAAAAUGGCCUCCCCAACCUGUCUUGUUUCGGAUUCGGGACUAGUCCGUUAUGGGAGCAAAACAAGAUGCCAUUUGAAACGAAAUGGAAUCUAGCCAAUAAAUUGACGGAAGAACGCUACUCUCCAUUCUUGGGCCAAUUUAUAUGGUAUCCGUUCCAUCUUAGUUCGACAGUUGAGUGGCCGAACUGUGAUCAGCAAGAUCUGGAUGCGCUAAAGGCAUUGUAUCAGGCAAUUGGUCAAGGAACCAACUAG